GCGUUCCAGCCGCUCCUUUGUUCGGCGGGCCGGUUGCCUAGCGAGGAGGCCCCCGCCGCCCCCGGCCCAGAGCCCGACCCGGCCAGGACGGAGGGUCCCCGGAGCCCCAUGGCCCCCCGGCGGCUGGCGCUGGCGGCGCUGCUGGGCUGCUGGCUGUGGGCGGCCGGCGGGCUGCUGGCGCCGGGGCCGCUCGGCGAGGAGGAGGAGGACGGGGCGCUGAUCUCGGCGCCCCCGGAGCUGCUGGAGAAGCUGCCGGCCGCCGCCAAGGCCACGGUGGCCGCCGGCUACGUCAACCCGUCCGAGGAGGAGGAGGCGGAGGCCACCAAGGAGCUGCCGCUGGUGCCGGCCACCCCUCCGGGGCCCCGGCCGGCCGGCUCGACGGCCCACGAGGCGGUGCUGAUCGUGGGCGACACGCGCUACGCCUGGCAGGAGUGGAGCGCCUGGCAUUGCAACUGCGCGGCCGGCAGCAUGGCCCGCGUGCGCGACAUCACCUACGCCUCGCCGGACGUGCGCCUGGAUCCCGCGCAGUACGACCUGCUCCGCUUCGAGCGGGUGGUCUGCAGCUACGCCGUCUGCGCCUGCGACCGGCGCCGGCACCAGUGCGACCUGCUGGCGCCCCGCUGCGAGCUGGCCCAGAUGCACCUGUGCGCCUUGCGCGACAUCCAGAGCGACCAGGAUGAGAAGCGGCGCCGCUUCUGGGCGCAGGUCAACGGCGGGCUGAAGGCGCUCUGGCGCAGCCUGAAGGCGGCCUUCCCCAGCGCGAAGAAGUCGAAAACAAUUCAAGUAAAGAGCAGCCACUGACCAUGGGUUCAAAAGACGCCGGAGCGGAGCAGCCUGACUGAGGCAACACCGAGAUUGACCAGCCGAUACAAUUCACAAGACCCCUGUUCCAAAUUUUUUUUUUCCCGUUAACAAAGCGAAUGAGUUUAUUUUCAAGGAAUUGGAAGGACCCUUGGUUUGGGCAAAGAAGCUGCUUUUAUUGCAGGUAGCGUUUCCCUCUUCCUUCUCAAAAGACCCUUCCAAAAAGAAGGAUUUUUAGCUUAUCAGGCAAGAAUUUUCCAGAGGCCUCCCCUCCUUUGUGCUACAAAGACUUAAUAAAAUGCUGGUUCCUACAGCCAGUUUGCUUCUAUUGGAUCGAAGGCACCCGGCGGAGGAUCGUAGCUUUUCCUUCUGUCCCUGAAAAUGCCCUCUUUCUGGUUCAAAGAAAUAAUCUGUUAUCCUGCAUGUUAUCUUUCACUCCAGCAUCAGAAAUGUGACUCUUUAUAUAUAUAUAUAUAUAUUCUAUGUAUUCACCCUGUAGCCUUUCUCUUUGUUUGGUGUUCCAUCUCUUUCAGUUGCAAAUUUGAUUUAUUACAUUACAGCCAGUGAACAGCAGUACCUGUUCAGUCCUAAAUUUGCUGGUUCUUUUCAACUCCUGUCCCUGAAUGAAUUCUAAACAUACCCAAGAAGGAAAGUCGUGGUAGCGUUCGCACAUUCUCCCGGGCCCAUCCCUGGAGCAAGAAGCAAGUUUCGAGGGGACAGGAUGCCUGAAUUCCUGUUAAAAUGCCCUCUCAAAAAAAAAAAAAACACCAAAAACAAAUCAAAAGAUUAUCCUUUGCCAUUUAAUUUUCUCUUUCCAAGCAUACUAUUACACUUUGUGCAAAUGAGGGAGAAACAU